UCAAACUCCAAAACCCUAAUUCUUCUUCUUCUUCUUUUCUAACGACAUUUUAUUCAUCACCAGCUAAGCAAGACACGAGACCGAUAUAUUAUACACGAUCACCCAUAUUUCGCCUAACAAUAAUCCCCCAUCGGAACCACAAUAAUCCUGUGACGGCCUGCUGUAAUCUCCGGCACCGGUUAGAAGAUGGGUCGUGCAAAGUUAAAGAUGGAACUCAUUGCAAAAGAGAAGACUCGAAACACUACAUACCAUAAAAGAAAACAAGGGAUCAUUAAAAAAGCUAAUGAGUUCUCCAUUCUUUGUGAUGUUGAUACAUCUAUCAUCAUCUUCCCUCCUGAUUCAAACGAGCCGGAGAUAUGGCCCGAAAACCCUGAUAAAAUCAAGAAAAAUAUCGCUUCUUACACGUCGAAAAAGGAUGAAACUGGAAAAAGAACCUAUGAUCUCCAAGAUUUCUAUGAAGACCGGAAGAAAAAGAUCGAAGACGAGCUCGUUAAGGCCCGGAAAAAGAACAUGGAAGCGAAAUACGCAACGUGGUUCGAUGAUCUUGAUAGGUUAAAUGAAAUGCAACUGAGACAGUUUGCUAUGCAGUUGGAAGAUAAGGAGAAUGUUGUAAGGGCUUAUCUUGAGUUGAAGAAAAGAAACAUGAACAAUAUUCAACUUCCCUUCAUGUUUGAUCCGAUGGUUCACUAUAAUCAGGGUUUGGGUUCGCAUUCGGGUCUUGAUCAUGGCCAUGUGAUGAACCAUAUGAGUCUUGAUCAUGGUCAUGUGAUGAACCAUAUGAGCCAUGAUGUUGGGUGGUUCGGUGAUGCACCGAUUACGCAGUUGAAGCGUGAACAGUUGGGGUUCGGUUAUUAUCCGGUGUUUGAUGGUGGUUUGGUGUAUGAUAACCCUAACAUGCAGUGGGGUUUGCAGCAACCGGUGGUGCAUGGUGGUGUGGGCGGUGUCAUGCAGGAUAAUCAUAAUGGUGUUGGUGAAUUUGUGAUGGAUGAUCAACGUAUUUUUCAUGGUUAACAUAUUUGCAUUUGUGUUUAGUUUAUUGACUAAAACUUUUGGUUUUAAUUUGGUUUUAGUACUAUCAAGUUUUAAUC